UUAUUGUGUGUACUCGUGAAGUGAAACUUUUUUACGUUCUCCUCUUUGAUCAGCGAUUUUUUCUCUGUUAUUGAUAUAGUAGUGUGGCAGCUCAUCAAAAUGUCAAUCGCGUUUUUUCGCAGAAAGUGGUGUUAUUGAAAAAACGGCACAAACUGGUGAAAAAUCCCGUAACAUUCGGUGUGUUGUGUUGCCCUUUCCGCGCAGCUGGUUGCAAAACGAUGAAAACCGCAAGUAACACCCAGGAAGUCCGAUAGUUAAGGAUGUGAAAGUCGACAGCAGCAAUUUGGGGUCCUGAGAAACUUGCACGCAUCGUUUUCGCAGUGAAAAGUGAAGAGAAGAAAGAUGUUUACCAAAAAAUCAAACAUCGAUCUGAAAAAGUCGACGGCGAAAAUCCAGGACAGCAAGAAAGAUUCCACCGCUCGGCUGCGACACCUAAAGACGAUCCUAGAGCACGUGGACGGCGAGGAAGCAAAAAAUCUGUUUGAAGCCAACUAUAGCCAUGUCUACUACAUCCUAUACGACACAUUCGUCCAGGCGGAAACCAAUCUACGACAGCGAGAACAAUCGUUCCACAUCGUCCACAAAACGCACCGCGAGGAACUGGAUGGUUCACUAUGGCUGCUGAGCAAAAUCCUCUGUCUGCUGCCGGAACUGAUCGCCCGCCGUUGGCAGGUGCACUCGCUCGGUCGAAUACUCGCCAAACUGCUGCACUAUGGCAACAGUGUCAAGCUGCGCCGAGAGGGCGUCCGGUACUUUCUCCUUUGGUAUCAAGCACUCGGUGAUAAUGCACCGGACUUUGUUCACGGCAUGUUUACCGAGCUGGUUCCCGGACUAACGGUACCGCAGAAGGGAAAGAACGGUCCACUGUCGUCGGAUUCGGAGUUCAUCGCGACGGAUGUUCUGAAUCAUCCGAACAUGAAGGGCGAGCUAGGUGGUUCCGUUUUUCACGAUACCGGUGCACAUCCGGUCAAGUCACCGGAGAUUCAGCCCGUUAUUCCACCCAGCUCGAACGAGAGAACGGCCGCUCCUGAUCCGCGCGAUGGACUCGAAAUCCUGCUGGACUGUAUGGUGCAGUCCUGUGGUUGUCUUAAGUGGAGAGAUAACAACCCGCAGAAACAUAUCCGCACCUUUAACUUCCUGUUGACAAAGUUUCGGGAGCAGUACCUACCUGUGUUCUGCCCAAACUUUGACUAUUCCACUUCGAUCUACGAACCCAAAAUCGAUCUACCGGCGAUGCGAAAUAUCUCCAAGCGAGAGGAAGUAAUGAGUUCAUGCAUAGUGGUUCUGGUAAUCUGGAUCGCCAAGUAUACCCAUGAAAGGCACAUCAGUACGAAACUGGAUAACGUACAAAUCGAUGAUGAAGUCGUUGGAGAAAAUGCAUCCCUUCUGUCGAAUCUACGACACUUGGGCUAUACACAAACACAGCUGGUCCGAGAUGUUCUUUACUCUAGCCGGGACACGGUAAACUUUGUUCAUGAGAUCUACCGGCAGGCGUUCCUGAUGUCUUUCACUUCUAAAAGUCAAAUCGAAGCUAUGCGAAUUGCGAUCUCCGUCUACCGGGAUUGGAUGAGUACGAUUCCGCCACCACCGUUCCUGCUGGAACCGGACACUAGCGAGGCAUCGCUAAGUGGUAGCUCCGGUGAGCUCCAUCAGGGAGGACGUCCGAACAGUCAGCGGCUUCGAACCGAUUCCUACCUGGGAGCCAUCAGUAAGGAAAAUGUAAUGAUCCGAGCUGGACUACAGAAUGUUCUGCAGGUGUUCGUUACGAACGCGGUAAAUGUGUUCAUGAUCAAUACGGCGCACUUGAACAUUCACUUUCAAUCAAAGACAAAUAGCGAUGGCUUUGCUACGCCUCUGGAUGAGCAAACCGAUAUCUGCAAGCGGGUAUUGAACAUCUACCGGACGAUGGUAAUGAAGACACGCAUGGAAGGCAAGACGUGGGAGCAACUGCUGUUAGUGUUGUUACAGGUAACAUCCGUAAUUCUCCAGAAUUCACCGCCGAACGCAAAGAAAAACAACCUGGGCGGCCGGUUAGCCCAACCCAUCUUCCAAACGUUGAUCGUCACAUGGAUUCGGGCCCACACGAAUGUGGUGGUGAAUCCGGGCCUCUGGGACAAGUUCCUGAAAGUGUUGUCUUCGUUGACACACCGCGAAGAGCUAAUCGUUGAAUGGGACAAGACGAUGCAAACUUUGACGCGUGUUCUCGCCAGGCAGGUAUACAACAUUAAUCUGUCGGAUUUGCCGCUGGAUCGGUUGGCGGAACAAAAGGGUAAGAGGAAACGGGGAACGCCUUCCAAUUGGACUCAGAACUCGGUCGCGAAUCAGAAUGACAAGCCGGACAGUUCGGUGACGCAGUGCAAUAACAAUGGCAAAAUGUCCAUGGACGAGACCGUCGGCGAUGAUGUGAGGAUCGUUGGCCACGGUCAAGUGGUAAGGAGUAUUCCAGGGACACCGUCCCUGAAUAGAAGCUACAGCGAGGGUAGCUUGGCACCAUUCCGAAAGUCUCGAACAAGACGAAGGGUAAGAAGCAAGAAUCAGGCACAGAAUCAGCAACAUGUAGCCUCACUUCCGAUGGCGGUAGAGCAUUCAUUGAAUCGGAUGCUGUCCAAUAAUUCUGGCGGUGGAUUGAGCAUUAGCAACGAGAAUUUGGAACUAUCAAGGUUUUCUCAGUGCGACGAAUCGUUGAUGAUGGGACCACCAACUAUUCGAAGAGCUCUUUCGUUGGACUCCAUUCGUCCUACGCCGGGUAAAAGUCGUGCAAUAGGAAAUGAUAGCGACAGCUAUAGGUGUGGAUCCAGAAGUCCGUCACCAACGGCCUCGAGUGGAAUUGAGAGUGGCUCGAUCAAGGAUUCUCCCAUGCAAAUAGAUGUGUUGACAGCCGAUAGCUCUAGCAUCGAUACUCAAGAUGAGAGUAGCGCAGUUUCCGCUGACAGGAGAUCCAUUUUGGCUGGUGGAACCGCUCGCGGUUGGCUACCGGAUGUGGCCGCUAUUAUGUGGAGGAGAAUGCUUGGAGCUUUGGGGGAUGUUAACAAGAUCUUGAAUCCAAAAUUACACGCGCAGGUUUUUCAGUACCUGGUAAACAUAACGGAAAGUUUGAUCAAGAUUCGAAUAAAUCAAGGAAUCUCGUUGGACGGCCAGGUAGUCCCUACUGCGGUAAAUCUUGUUCCACCAAUUGCGCUUGUUGCACCUUGGUGUUACGGCGCCUUAACACUGGAUGGCCAAUACAGCCAAGGUAAGCUGUACGCUAUGCAGUUACUGUGUACAAUCGUCAAGGCAGGGGCAUCAUUAGGAAACAAUCAGCUGCCGUUGUUUUACCAUGCGCUUCAUCAGGCUCUUUCCGGUGAGGAUCGAGCGAUGGCCUACACUGCCUUGAGAUAUCUCGGAGGGCCACGAUUUUUGAGUUUGUUACUUCCGGGACAUUCCUUACUUUUGUUGGAUUUGGUUCACGCUUCAACGAUAGUUCUGACCUCGUCGGAAACUGGACCACAUGCUCCCAGAUCCCAGGUUGCAGGUCUACUCGGCUCCCUGCUUUGUUUUCCCAAAACAUCCCUUCCUGGACCUGUUCUGCAGCCAUCGGAGCCCAACAUCGACCUAAUGGAAUGUCCAGAUCUGCAGGAACACGUAUUAAAUAUUGUCCUACGUUGUGCACGCCGGGAACCUACAGCCAAAGCUCGUUCUAUCGCAAUAGCUUCUCUCGGCCAGUGGAUUCUUCAAAACCUUACCAAUCCGUCCUCAUCUAAUUCCUCCACCGCUUCAGAAUCAACUUCUUUCAAGCAACGAAUUCCUUUGCACCAUUCCGGGUCAAAUUCAGCGCGCGAAGAAAGCGCCUUCAGUCCCCGUAUUCGUGAAGCCUUCCAAGUAAUUCUGCAAGCGCUUCAGUUUAAGCAUCGCAUCAUCGCCCGGCUAGCCUCUGAAACGCUCAAACUUUGCGCUGAACAAGGAAAACGCAUUGAACGAAUAGACCGCCUACCACAGCUGAUUAUUGACACGAUAUGUCUGUCAUUGGAAAUCCAAAACGUUCCAUAUCCGAAAGACUCGGACAAAACCGUACUAACUUCUUUGCUUCUAACGCUUGGUGAAUUUUGUAUGUCCUUCUCGGUGGAAACCCUUCAGCGACCCAAGAGCACCGAUUCCGACGAACCGCUUAUACAGGUAGUAUUCAAGGCUCUUUACAAGAUCGCCAUGGGUGUUCACAACGGCGAGCGGAUCAAGCUAUUCACUACCGAUGAAGACUUCGACAUGACAAUCACUGUAGAUGAUGUUCGGGAGCAGAAUUCUCCCACGGAGCCCACCUACCAAACCUCGGAAUGGAUUGCCAAUUGUCAAUCUGCGAUUAGAUUGUGUGCCAAAACGGUUGCAAUGCAUUUGAUUACCAAUCUGGGUCAUUUUCCCAUGGGUAUCGGUGCGACACGGCUCAGCUCGAUGGUUGAUGAACAGGACGAUCUAACUGGCGGUAGUACCAGUACUUUGCAUCGAGAAAACUCAUGGGGUAAUCGAGAUUCAAUGGAUUUAGGAGCAUCACAGGUCUUGGCUUCUCCGAAUCUUCAAUUGUUGAUGUUAAGUCCAGAACUGGUGGCAAGUUUUAUUGAAUUAUCUGCUCUCAAGUUACCAGGAGGUGGAGCUACCGCAGGUCUGAUCACAGCCAACCGACAAGUACGUUUGUUGCUUCGAGACCUAAAUGGUAAAGCCUGUUGGGACGCAUCAAUCCUCUACAAAGAACCAAGUCCUACCGCUGAAGAUACGAGUAGACAAAUAAAAGACUUUUCCCCUUCCACUGAAAAGCCAAACUCAGCAUUUCCCUUCCGAACAGACGGAGGAUUCUCAAGGAUAUUCGCUGGAGCAGCUGCCUCCAUUGACCCAAUGAUGUCCACUGUGGGGCUUCCGAUAGCGCCUCUUCGUCAUACCCUCCGACAUAGACCUGUUCAUCAAUUACCGGUGGCCAAAGACCUAGCACCUGAUCUAGAUCAACUGGACGAUUUGCUUCAAUACAUUGGGUACACUAGCCCGGAGUGUCUGGAUGCCAGCGGUUCACCUCUAAACACCGCCGGCCCUUCGCCUCUUGGUCCACCAUUAGAAGCACAAACCAUCUCAAUAAUCCUAAAUCAACGAGCGCUUGAAACGGAGUACAUCGCCCGGCAAAACGCAUCCGUAGGCCUGUUAGGUGAGUCCCCUGCAUACAACCUCGGAGGAUCCGUAGCAUACGCUUCGUUCAUAGACGAUAACCUACCUGUGGUACCGUUUGGACCAAGUGGAACAUUAACGACUAGAUUCAAUAAUACGACUUCGGUUGACCGAUCAUCGACGAACUCUUCCAGCGAAACAAAAUCAUUCCAGUUCGGGCGAAUCUUAUUUAGCCAGCUCGGUUUGGCUGGCUGGGAGCGGCGUAAAAGAACUCAUCUGCUGCAGCGAACGGACAAACUUCUGCGCGAACUUCGUAAUCUGGACAAUCAGAAGUGUCGUGAAACGCACAAAAUGGCUGUAAUCUAUGUUGCUAACGGACAGGAGGAUAAAGGAAGUAUCUUGAGGAAUGCAUGCGGUAGUAGCACUUAUGAAAUGUUCGUAUCGGCACUUGGCUGGGAGGUGGAGUUGGAAUCGCACAAUGGCUUCCUCGGAGGUUUACCUAGGCAGGGCUGCGGCCAGACUGCCCCGUACUAUGCGACACCGUUCCUGGAAGUCAUCUACCACGUGUCAACACGAAUGCCAUCCGAUACGUCGGAGGCGAUGUUGAACAAGACCCGACACCUGGGCAAUGACGAGGUUCACAUUGUGUGGAGCGAACACAAUCGCGACUAUAGGAGAGACAUUUUGCCUACGGAAUUCUGCGAUGUACUGAUCGUGAUAUAUCCAAUGAAAAGUGGUCUUUUUCGGGUGACGAUUAGCAAGAAACCGGACGUUCCAUGGUUCGGACCGCUGUCCGACGAGAUGGUGGUGGGUGGUUCCUGUUUGGCGAGCUUGGUUCGAGCUUCGGCGAUCAACGCAAGCCGAGCGAAGAGGACUUCGCUUUCGCUGUAUCAGCAGUAUUAUGAGGAACGGAACCGCUCGUUGGACACGGUGGCAUUACGGCACAAAGAAAGUAAUACCUUCGAGGACUUUACCGCGAGGAUUUUUAGUCCGAUUCCACCACAGAUUGCGGUGACCGGAGGGGUUAUCGGAGGUUCCGGCACGGGCGGAUUGAGUAGCGCUGGCGCGCCGCUAGCAGCUGCCCUUAUCGAUCAUCACAGUCGGACAUCUUCCAAGACCUGGAUCCACCAUCCGGAGAUGGUAGCCACAGCACGCGAGGUCACUCAACAAACCGUGAUGGCAUCGGUUUCCCUGGAACAACCCUCGCCGCGUCCGCUGCGCAAGUUGCACCACCCUUUCAAGCCGGUGGUGACAAAACCACCGAAAACUGCACCGCCACCAGUUCCAUCGACCGGCGGGGUCGGGCCAGUGCUAGCCCAUCAUCAUCAACACCAUCAUCCCCACCACCAGCAGUACACACCCGGCACCGGUACGCCACCGGACAGUCCCACCCUUCCGGGCCGGUCCAAGUUCAAGUGAGACUGGUGGUAGCUUCUGGCCAGCACCAGUAGCGAAGAAGAUCUGUACACCGCCACGGAGCAAACGCAGCAGACGCUGCGCAGCCCCAUCAUGGAAAAGGUCGGCAUUUCCGUUUGCUUCUGUGGGAAAUGAUUCCAUUUUUGCUUUUAUCAAACGCGAAUACCAGCCUUCUUCCUGUAUAGUGUAGACACGGCUGAGAAGCGUAAAAGAUGUAGCUUUAGAUGUAGAUUAAAGGAAAAUAUUUAUUGCUGAUAAGCACCACGAGUAAAAAUAAUCAAAACAAGUAUCAGAACUUACACAAUUGUGAGAUGAACGCGUCCAUUAAUAUUACUAUUAUUACUAUUUUGUCCUUUUUUGUUUGAUUUUAUAACUCAUUUUUAACAUUGUUGUAUUUAAUUUAACCAUUGAUUUAUUAACGAAUGCUUCUUUUGCUAGGAGUAAGCCUUUUUCGACGUCCCUUUUUAUAGUUGGUAGCUAGCUCGGACCUUUUGUCUUCGCGUUAGAUAACUAAUGAAAUAGUACUAGUUAACGCACUUUAACACAUCAUAUAAUGAUCACCUUUAUGAAAGUAAGAACUUAUAAUAUUCGGCGUUAUGCACAUAUGCUAUAUGAGCGCUGCAGGCACUUAUUUCCUCCACUGGAAAAGUAUUGUUAGAUUACUACUUAUUUAUUAUUAUUGUUUUGAGGGAGUCCCGUGGGUCUGCUAGGGAAGUGAAAAGUGAAAUUACGAAUGAGACGCAAAACUGCUGUAACCAACAGAAUCGCUUUGAUUCCAACUUUUUUCUUUAAUCGUUAUUUAUUAAUAAAACUACAUGACCAGACAUGUUUUCCCUUCUUCUAUCGCAUAAACAUAGACUAAGAUUGUUAAAGAAACGUAACAUUGAAGUAAGGAUACGAACAACGUCUUAACACAGAUAAAUGGUAAUGGUGACAGGAUUUAGGUUUAAGAGCACUUUUGAUACGAAACUAGAAAAGAGGUCUACUGGUAGUUAGACGCAGAGAUGAGCUCGAGUGGGUGGUUUUUUAUAUGAGUCGGACACUGGAACGGAGUUUAAGAUAAGAUAAUAUAUCAAACGGCUUGCAAAAUAAUCUGUUGCGAAUGUUUUUUCUUUUGUUCUUCUUUACUACCAGCCAAAACAUGUACUGAUCAAAGACGUUUGUUAGGAUGCAUUUCAAGAGCUAAACAUUUAUAAAUUAACUGAAUAAACCAGCAAAUGAAUAUGUUA